CUUUCGCACAGUCAGUUUGUUUAGUCAAACAAGCUCACCACCACGGAGGACGAGGGAUUGUAAUCUGCGCGCUAGUGAUCUUUAAGAUCUUGAAACGUCCCCGCAAGGAACUUCAGUUCGCGUGAAACACUCAACCGGUUCGGUCGGUUCUUCGAAUCUCUCUUUUGGCACAGUUCGGCUCGGAUAGUUUGUAACGGAUUCGCAAUGGCGCCUCCUUGCUCGGUCAGCAUGGUGUUCUCGGUGGAGCCGAUCAAGGCUCCCCAAUGGCAGAAGCGAUCGCACAGUUACGAGGAAGCCCUGGAGCUGGUCGGGUAUGGACGGGCGCAGAUUCUGCUGGUCAUGCUGUCCGGGUUCGCCAUCAUGGCGUCGAUCAACGAGGCCAUGGGACUGAGUAUCAUUCUGCCGGCCAGCCAGUGCGAUCUGGGGCUGGAUCCCGGAGAGAAGGGCAUGAUAGGUGGAGCGAUAUUUCUGGGGAUCAUGGCAUCGUCGUAUUUCUGGGGUUUCCAGGCGGAUACCCGGGGGCGACAGGUCGUUCUGAAGUACUCGUUGAUCGUUACUUCGAUAUGCUCGGUUGCGUCGAGCUUUGCGAACGGUUUUGUGUCGCUGAUGGUGCUGCGGUUUAUCACGGGGGUGUGCGUUGCGGCUCCGUCCGCUACGGUUUACGCUUAUCUGGGGGAGUUCUGUACGCCGAGCAGACGAGUUCAACUGAUCUCCUACGCAUCGGUUAUGCCUUCCGUGGGAAUUAUCUUCGUGGCUUUGGUCGGCUGGCUAACACUAUCCUUCGAAUGGAGCUUCCCCAUCUUCGAUACGAUCACCUAUAAACCCUGGCGACUGUUAUUCAUCCUGUACACUAUUCCCGGACUUGUGGCCGGAAUCGUGUUCUUCUUCUUCCCGGAAACACCAAAGUUCCUGUUAUCGCAAGGUCGAGAAGAUGAAGCCUUGGCUGUGCUGAAGUGGCUGUACCGAAUCAACCAUGGUGCCGGUAGUGAAGGCAACUACAAGGUCGAAGCUCUCCGAACCGAAGUUGGCGAAGUCAAAGUGGAGACGCAAACCGGACUGCUGGGAGUGCUGAAAUCUAUGAAGGAUCAGACAGUUCCUCUCCUGAAGUUCCCGUAUCUGAAGUACUUCCUGGUUUCCUGCGUUCACAGCGCCAGUGCCUUCACCAUAUAUGGUGGUCUAGGUCUCUGGUUCCCCCAAAUCAUGAAUCAAAUCUCGUCCGAUCCUUCGGAUGGUACCGAGAUUUGCUCCGUCCUACAGCAACAACCUGCGCCGACGAAUUCUUCAAUCCUAGCGAUAUGCGAGUCCAGUGUGGAACAGGACACCUUCAUCUACACGGCAAUGCUCGGAGUCUUCGGUGCCACCUACUGCAUAACUCUUUCGUUUAUUCUGCGAAAAUUCAAAGGGUCUACCAUGAUGGUUCUCAACAUGACCACAGCGGGAGUUGCCGGAAUACUGCUGCAGUUCUUCACCAACAGCUACCUCGUGGCAGUGCUGUUCUGCGUGCAGAUCAUGUUCGCUGGCAUCUGUGUCAUGCUGGUGAACGCCCGAGCCGUAUCCCUGUUUCCAACUCACGUCCGAGGCAUGGCCGUUUCGUUGGUCAAUAUGAUCGGACGGUUGAGCUGUUUUACCGCAAGUGCCGUCAUAGGACUUCUGAUGACUCAAAAUUGCCCGCUAACGUUCUAUUUCCUGUCGGGGAUGCUUUUCGUCAGUGCUGCUGUGACGUUCCUUCUGCCGCCUGAGGAGUAAUCGCUGCCAUUGCCAUGGCAACGCGUGGACCAGCCAACUGUGAUGUGUCUCGAAAUACCGUACAAUCUGUGCAGUAUUCCUGGAUCCCCGCUGUCCAGAGGACCGCUUCCUAGCCUAAGAAUCUACUCCAAUACAAUAAGACUGCUUUAAAAUAUAUAGAAACUAGUGACGUACGGCAAACAGAAAUUACUCCCAAGUCUUUACACAAUAAAUCUUAAACGGGAACCAUUGAAAGGAAGACAAA